GGCCAAAAGAAAAAAACAUCCCCGAACUCCAAAACUAAACCCCUCCCUCCUCCUACAAAGCAUUGGGUUCUGUUCCUUCUCUCUCAUCGGAUCUCUCUAUCGCUUUCUCUCUCUAGAUCGCACCCCCAAAACGAAACCGAAGGAAUCCAAAACGAAGCGAAACAGUUCUUGCUUUGAAUUCAUUCCUCUCUCUUUGAGUGUUUUUAUAGGGCAUUCCUUGCACUGAAAUGGGAAUGCCCGUGAAACCAUGAGCGUAACAACAACGACCACGACGACCACGACAAUAAUAAGCCUAAACGGCGACGAAGAAGAAGAGGAGCGGUAUUACGAGUCCCUCGAUCGUCUUCUCUCCUCUAACUCUACCUCCUGUUCCACUUCAGACUCCGACUCCGAACCGAAUCCGAAUUCCCUUUCUGGAGAUGCUGACUCCUCGUCUUCAUCUGCUUUUCCCAUCCCAAGAUUUCCCCGCAUUGCCGCCACCAAGUAUGACAUCUGGAUCUCUCAACCUGCUUCCAUUUCCGAGCGCCGCCUAUGUUUGCUCCGCGACAUGGGCCUUAGUGGGGACCCGGCGUUGUCUCGGUCUAAACCAGCGCGAGAAUCGGGACAGUUGGUUGAUUUUACACGAUCGGUGAAGUCGGAUCGGCUGAGGGAUCCGUCGGGGAUAGUCCGAUCGAAAUCCGACGGUUACGAUGAUAAGUCUGAUUUUUCUGGUUGUUCUCCGUCAAUUCUUUGUUACAAUACCUCUUCUUGUAAUGUUGAGUUUGUAAAUAGUAGUUGUGACCGUGAUAACAACAACGGCAACAAUGUUGUUGGAGUUGAUGAUAAUAAUAAAGGUAUCGGUAAUUCGGGGGGAGGUUUUAACAAAAGUAAGGGAUCUUUUCCUGUUGCCGUUGUUACGAGUGCCUCUUUGCUGAAUAAGCCACCUAGUGGGAGGAAGAUUCGGCCAGAUUCCACAAGUUCUAAUGGGAAUUUAGGAUGUUAUGACGGAUUCAGAGAUCCUGUUGGGGAAUUGGACUGCAAUGGAAAUGGUGGUGGGGUUGGUAGUGAAAUGUGCACUAUAAAAAAUCUUGACAAUGGGAAGGAGUUUGUGGUGAAUGAGAUCAGAGAGGAUGGGACUUGGAACAAGUUGAAGGAAGUGGCGACUGGGAGGCAACUGACUAUAGAAGAGUUUGAGAUGAGUAUGGGGACUUCACCAAUUGUGCAAGAGCUAAUGAGGAGGCAGAAUGUGGAAGAGGGUCAUAUGGAAAAUCUCGAUUUGAAAGCAAACAAUGGUAUUGAUAGCAUUUCUAUGUCGAAAAAGAAGGGCAGUUGGUUUAGGAGUAUAAAAAAUGUUGCGAGUAGCAUGACCAAUCUUAAGGAGGGGAGAAGCAGUGAUGAGAGGGAUACCUCGUCGGAGAAGGGUGGUAGGAGGUCAAGCUCAGCAACUGAUGAUAGCCAGGAUGUUUCCUUCAAUGGGCCUGAGAGAGUUAAGGUGCGGCAGUAUGGGAAGUCAAGUAAGGAGUUCACUGCAUUGUACAAGAGUCAGGAGAUUCAAGCCCAUAAUGGGUCCAUAUGGAGCAUUAAGUUUAGUUUAGAUGGGAGGUAUCUUGCGAGUGCAGGUGAGGAUUGUGUCAUUCAUGUUUGGCAGGUUGUGGAGUCGGAGAGAAAAGGGGAAUUGUUAAUGGAGAAGCCUGAGGACGGGAAUUUGAACAUUUUGCUAAUGGCCAAUGGGUCCCCAGAACCUAGUUCAUUGUCACCGACGGUGGACAGUCAUCUUGGGAAGAAGAGAAGAGGGAGGACAUCUAUAAGCCGGAAAUCAUUGAGCUUGGACCAUAUUUUUGUUCCUGACAAUGUCUUUGCGCUUUCAGAUAAACCCAUUUGCUCAUUCCAAGGACAUCUGGACGAUGUUCUUGACCUGUCAUGGUCCAAGUCUCAGCAUUUGCUCUCUUCGUCAAUGGAUAAAACUGUGCGAUUGUGGCACUUGUCUAGCCGUACUUGUUUGAAAAUAUUUUCACACAGUGAUUAUGUAACUUGCAUCCAGUUUAAUCCUGUUGAUGAUAGAUACUUCAUUAGUGGAUCCCUUGAUGCAAAAGUUCGCAUUUGGAGCAUUCCUGAUCGUCAAGUUGUUGAUUGGAAUGACCUGCAUGAGAUGGUCACUUCUGCUUGCUAUACUCCAGAUGGGCAGGGUGCUCUUGUCGGAUCAUACAAGGGAAGCUGUAGGUUGUAUAAUACUUCUGAAAAUAAGUUGCAGCAAAAAUGUCAAAUAAAUCUGCAGAUCAAGAAGAGGAAAUCUCAUCAGAAGAAAAUCACAGGUUUCCAGUUUGCACCCGGAAGUACAUCAGAAGUGCUUAUAACAUCUGCAGAUUCACGAAUACGGGUAGUUGAUGGUGAUGAUUUGGUCCACAAGUUCAAGGGGUUUCGCAACACCAACAGCCAAAUCUCGGCAUCCAUGACAGCUAAUGGAAAAUAUGUGGUCUCCGCCAGUGAGGAUUCUCAUGUCUAUGUGUGGAAACAUGAAGCCGAUUCUCGACCUAGCAGAAGCAAAGGUGUCACAGUCACUCGCUCAUACGAGCAUUUCCAUUGUCAAGAUGUAUCAGUGGCUGUCCCAUGGCCUGGGAUAGGUGACUCAUGGGGAUUACAUGGCAUUUAUUCUGCAGAUCACUGCGUGCUUGAAAACAACCUUGACGAGGUUUCUACAGCCAACCAUCCUCCCACCCCUGCUGAGGAUAUUAAUUCUUGGUCAACUUCCGGGUGCACCAACAGCCCACUAAAUGGAAUAAUAUCCAGUGCAACUAAUGGUUACUUCUUUGAUAGAAUCUCGGCAACAUGGCCCGAGGAAAAACUCCUUCUGGCUUCUAAGAACCGUAGCCCUCGUCAUGCCAUCCAUGAUCUCUGGAAUGGGGUAAACCAAAACAUGUCAGCUUGGGGUAUGGUAAUUGUAACUGCUGGUCUUCGAGGGGAACUUAGAACUUUUCAAAAUUUCGGAUUGCCAAUUCGGAUAUAAGCAGCCACAAAAACCCAGAAGCCUCGCGCGUUGGCUAUUGCAGUUGCAGAUCAUUGACACCUUGGUUAAAUGUGUACAUAAAUAUCCAGUGAGAUAUGUAAUAUUAGUUUCAGUUUUUUUUUUUUUUUGUUUCCAGGUAUAGAUUUGUCAAGGAAAAAAAGUGAACUACACUGAAUUUAGAAACCGAUUGAUCGGGAAUUGUAGAGUUAUGAGCAUGGGAAAAGCUUAUCGGAUCAAAAUGAAAUUAUUUUUUACCAAUCAUUUUUGUAAACCCUGUCAAGUUCAUCAAGCAUUUGAUGUAUUCAGGUAAAA